AUCCCUGAUAACACGGCGCGCGCUCCCGCUCGGCUCUGAAUGGGGGCUCAGUCCAGCUUGUGACAGCUCGUCCUGUAGUGUAACCGUAGAGGCCACGGUCUGCUCAUCCAGUCGGGUCCGCUGCUUUCAGACGCGUCGGUAGUCCACGGCCCUGCUCCUCCGCCCGGAAAGUUAGUGUACUGACGGGCGGAGCUGUCUCUGUCUGUCCAGGAAUGAGAAAUGAUGGCCGGCUCUACAGCAGAGGAGAAAACCUUCCGACGGUUCUUGGAGCUCUUUAUUCGGGAGAUGAGGAUGCCUCUGCAGGAGGGCGACCCGCUGCCGAUGCGCCCCUUGUCGGACCUGGUGUCUGAGGACGAAGUGGAGGGGGAAUGCCUCGACCUGUGUCUCCAGCACCUCUACAAAUAUAACUGCCCGUGCUCCCUGGCUGCCGCCUUGGCCAGAGCCACAGCAGACAGUCUCCUGCAGACUGACCUCUCUAUUCACCACCUCAAUAAGACUGUAGAAGAUGGAGCUGACCCAUUACCACAGAUGGAGUCUGUGAAGCUGGCCCGGCUGGUGUUUAAUAGACUGUUUGAGACGUGCUGCCUCUGGCUGAAGGAGCUCCCCUUCCGCCGUCGUCCACAGCCAUAUUAUGAGACGUCCAUCCACGCCAUCAAGAACAUGCGGCGCAAGAUGGAGGACAAGCACAUCAUCAUCCCUGACUUCAACACACUCUUCAAUAUUCAGGAUCAGGAAGAGCAGGCUUUCUUUGCUGUGUUUGACGGUCAUGGAGGUGUGGAUGCUGCCAUUUAUGCAGCCAAUCACCUUCACGUGAACUUAGUCCGGCAGGAAUCCUUCAGCCAGGACCCCAGCGAGGCGCUCUGCAGAGCCUUCAAACUCACCGACGAACGCUUUGUGAAGAAGGCCUCGCGAGAGAACCUACGUUGCGGCACAACAGGGGUGGUGACGUUCCUGCGGGGCCGGACGUUGUACGUGGCCUGGCUUGGAGACUCCCAGGUCAUUCUGGUCAGGAAAGGGCAGGUGGUGGAGCUGAUGAAACCACAUAAACCAGACAGAGAGGAUGAGAAGCAGAGGAUCGAGGCUCUCGGAGGUUGUGUGAUCUGGUUCGGCACGUGGAGGGUCAAUGGCAGCUUGUCUGUAUCCAGAGCGAUAGGUGACUCUGAGCACAAACCCUACAUCUGUGGCGACGCAGACCAUGGCAUCUUCCCAUUGGAUGGUUCAGAAGACUACCUGAUUCUGGCCUGCGAUGGCUUCUGGGACACGGUGAAUCCAGAUGAGGCGGUGCGCGUGGUCAGUGAUCAUCUCCAGGAGAACGCUGGGGACACCACCAUGGUAGCUCAUAAGCUGGUGGCCUCAGCCCGGGAUGCGGGCUCUAGCGAUAAUAUCACUGUCAUAGUGGUCUUCUUGCGGGACCCUCGCUCGCCACCACCCACCAGCACCGAGGAAGAGGAGGAGGGUGUGGUGGAGGGAGAGGUGGCGGACGAGGAGGAGGUAGCAGAGGUGGAGGAGGAGGAGCAAGAAGAGGAGGAGCAAGAGGAGGAAGAUGAAGCGGUCAGGGUAGAGCGUGAUGGCGGAGAGGGAGGAAGCAAUGCGGACAAUGGGGGGAAGAGCCGUGGAGGCUGGCCCCUGCAGCAGUGCUCAGCGCCCGCUGACCUUGGCUACGAAGACCGAACUGACUCGUUCACGGACAGAACUAGCCUCAGCCUGCUGGGGCCAUCGCUGGAGGGCCGCAUCUCGCUGACCCGCGGCUCUUUCGGCCUUAACCCCGACCUCUUUGCCGCCUCUCACAUCUUCCGAGAACGCGCACUGAGGCGCAGGUCCUGUGUCCCUCUUCAGGAGUCCAGCAUCUCUAGCUUCACGGACCCACUGUGGCCCCACACAGCCAUGCUGUUAGGCCAGGCAGUGAGGCGAAGCCGCAAGCUCGGUUAUGGUAGUCGCCGGUGGGGGCGGAGGUUGCCAAGCAGAUCCAGGGAGCUGCUAGGCCUGUUACCAUCUGGCCCCCUGCUGCCCCACAUGCAGCGCUACUCCAACCGGAAAUCCGAAGUGGCAGUGCCUCAACUGCCCCAUGAUGCCACCAUCUGAAGAGGUGACCCAGACCAAACCAUCUCCUUCAACCCUCCUUCCUGCCCCGCAGUCCACCCAUCCACCUUUGCCUUCAACAACACGUCAACAUGUCUUUCUUUGAUAGUUGGUAGUUGUAGCUCCUGCAGUUGUUAUGUGAUUAUUGAAUCUCUGUCAGAGGAGUGGUGCUCUCUGUCCUAAGCUGAAAUGUUUCCAAUUGUAAGCUGGCCCAUUAACACAAGCCCCACUCCUCAAUGCUGUAGGUAAAGCUCAUAACUGCAUUCUCCAUUGGGACCACUGACCAGUCAAAAUGAAGCCAGAGCUGGAAGUGCAGGUUAAUAAGAUGUGUUCAGACUGAAGGACAUAGCUUACCGUAGGCACCUUACAUAAAGUUUAGGUCUGAGUAUUUCAUUAACGAGGAUAUAAGUGAAGAUUUAAAGGCUAAUAACAGAAAGAACUGGACACCAGAAACAUUUAGAAGCAAUUUUGUUGAUGAGAAACAUAUUCAGUCUGAAAACAUUUAAGAUUAAUUUAUGUGCUUGGUCGCUCUACAGACUAUUUUGAAGAGACCAUUUAAAAAAGAAAGAAGAUGCAACACAGAAAAGAUUAAAUCUGGUACUUGAAGAAGGAAAAACUGAGGAUGAAAUAAAGAAAAAAUUGCUCGGCUUGGUCAAAAGUAU